CAGUGCACUCUAUUUCUCUCUCUCUCUCUCACUAUCUCUCCCUCCCUCCCACUCUCUCUCUCUCUUACAAACUCCUUUGCUCUGCCAUUUUCUGCCUCGCUUUGAGGUGAACUGUUAACUCUGCUCUGCUGGGGGAAGGACGCUCUCUUAUUCAAACGUGUGUUCACAGUGCCAGCGAUACACAGCCAACAUGGCCGUGGCGCCAGUGGACCCGAUAGAGCAGCCACGCAUGUACCAGCAGACUCUGUUGCAGGACGGCCUCUGCGACCUGCUGGAGACCGACAAGUUUGUGGACUGCGUGCUGAAAGUCAAGGAGCAGGAGUUCCCCUGCCACAGGCUGGUGCUGGCCGCCAGCAGCCCCUACUUCAAGGCUAUGUUCCUGUCCAACCUGGAGGAGAGCAAGAAGCGGGUGAUCGAACUCAAGGACGUGGAGCCCGGUGUGAUGGGCCUGGUGUUGAGGUACCUCUACACUUCGGACAUCAACCUGACUGAGCAGAACGUUCAGGAUAUCUUCAUGGUGGCCAACAUGUUCCAGAUCCCCUCCAUCUUCAGCGUUUGUGUGACCUACCUGCAGGGCAAGCUGGUGUUGAGUAACUGCUUGGCUAUCUUCAGGCUGGGUCUGCUACUGGACUGUCCCCGCUUGGCGUCUGACGCACGGGACUUCAUCUGCGAUCGCUACCAGCUGAUCGUGCGAGACCAGGACUUCCACCAGCUGGGCCCAAGCGAGCUGGCGGCCAUCAUCACCUGCGACUCACUCAACGUGGAGAAGGAGGAGGUGGUCUUUGAGUCGCUGAUGGACUGGUUGAGCUACGACAGACAGGAGAGGCUGAAGGACCUGCCUGACCUACUGCACUGCGUGCGCUUCCGACUGAUGCCGGAGGAUUACUUCACCACGAAGGUGGAGGGACACAAAUUUAUCAAGCCCAACACAGAGCUCAAAAAGCAGCUUCUGCUCAUCAAGGAUGCUCAGAGAGGAAUAUUUCCCAAGCCUAAAAAGUUAGAGGGAACGGAUGAAGAGAAGGGAGAUGAUGACGAGGAAGAGGAAGAGGAGGGUUUGCUCCCUGGGAUUCUGAAUGACAUCCCGCGCUUCGGCAUGUUUCAGACAGACCUCAUUCUGAUGAUCAGUGACACUGGGACGAUAGCGUACGACCCGGUGGGAAACGUGUGCUACGUCGCGUCCUCAUCUACAGAGGUUCCGAAGAACCACUCCAGCCUGGUGACCAAAGAGAACCAGAUCUUUGUGGCGGGGGGUGUUUUCAUCGAUGAGCAAAGCAAGGAUGAGCCUAUGACUUCCUACUUCCUGCAGUUUGAUCCGGUGACUUCUAAUUGGUUGGGCAUGCCCACCAUCCCCAAUGCCCGCUGCCUGUUUGGCCUGGCGGAGGGCGAGAACUCCAUCUUUGUUGUGGGAGGAAAAGAGCUGAAGGAGGGAGAACAAGUUCUGGACUCCGUCAUGGUCUACGACCGGCAGUCUUUCAAAUGGGGAGAGUCAGAUCCUCUACCCUAUACAGUAUAUGCUCAUGGAACCGUGUCACACAAUGGACUGGUCUAUGUCAUUGGCGGCAAGUCUAAAAGCAAGAAGUGCUUGAAAAAGGUCUGUGUCUAUGACCCCACGAAGUUCGAGUGGAAGGAUCUGGCCCCAAUGAAGACUGCUCGCUCUCUUUUCGGCGCCACCGUGCACAACGACAAGAUCUACGUGGUGACUGGAGUGACUGAUGACGGCUUGACCAGUGGCGUUGAGAUCUACGACAUCGCCACUAACAAGUGGUCAGAAGGGGUGGAGUUCCCUCAGGAGAGGAGCUCGCUCAACCUCAUCACCCUGGGCGGCUCGCUCUACGCUGUGGGUGGUUUUGCCAUGAUGCCCAGUGAGGCCAGUGAGAAGCUUGCUCCCACUGAGAUGCACGACAUCUGGAAGUUCGAUGAAGAGGAGCGGGUCUGGAAUGGCAUCCUGAGGGAGAUCCAGUACACUGAGGGGGCCUCGAUUCUCGGGGUGCGGCUCAACGUCCUGCGGCUUCACAAACUGUGAUCACCUUCCCAGUCGCCUCAGGGUGGUUGCCCCCGUGUCAGAAACACACAGAGCAACAGCAGCAGUGAAGCACACAAAAGAGUCCGCAGUCACUGUGAGAGGCUGUGCGGGUUUUGGACUAGAAUGAUCGCAUACCUCACACCUUCAAUCGUAAAUUGCCCUCCUAAAUGUGCUCAUUCCACUUGUUUCAACACAUACCAUUGGAGCAACAAGCUGGAGCAUCUGGUUGCAUGGGGCUGUUUAAAUUAUUUGAUGAAAUAUGAGGUAUGGAAUAUGAAGCUGCAAACAGCAUGAUCUUCGUGCUGGGUGCUCCCUGCUGAUGCUGUUCCCAGUCUCUACCAGAAGAGGGAGUGAAAUAGUCAAGUCAUGAGGACAGAGACCAGGGACUUGUCAGCUCACACAUGUUGUAUUCCCUCUUGAGAACAUAUCAUCUCUUCCACAAAGACAAAAUUGAAAUGUGAGACCCUUCAUGUGCCUUUUCAAAGCAGAAGAAUCACAUGUGGGGUAUUAUUGCUUAGUGCUAUUGAUGGAUAUUUUGAAAAUUAAUGUUUUGAGAUGGCCCAUUACUGUAAGUACACAUUUUUAGUACCAUUGCAAAACUACAGUAAAUAUGACAAGACUGUGUAUUAAAAAAAAAAAAAAAAAAACACUCUCAUGUGUGUGUGCAUGUUUCUUGUACAUGGUUUAGUCUUGGUGUGCCAGCACACAUCAUAUGUAAGACUGAUACUUGUUUCCCAACAAAGCAGCCAUCUAAGCAAAUCAUAUGAAGCAAAGCCUAUAAAUGCUACAACAGCUCUA